CAGUGUGAAUUCUGGGAACUGCUGUCAUGGCGCUGCACACAGAAACACCAAACGGCUGUGGCAGAAUUAGCUGGAACUACUGAAAACUGUGUAGUCGUCGCCGAUUCAGGUAAUUAGAUUUGCAAUCAUGGCAUCACAAAAUAAAGCGAUUGAGCUUCAGCUGCAAAUGCGACAGAAUGCAGAAGAGCUGCAGGAUUUCAUGAGGGAUCUGGGGAGUUGGGAAAAGGAUAUCAAGAAAAAAGACAGGGAGCUGCUGAAGGAGAGUGGAGUUGAGCCUGAAAUGCAGAGUUUACCUCCAGUAAGAAAUAAGGAUUACAAGAGGAAGAAAAAAGACAAAAGCAAAGUGGCUGCCAAAAAUGCAAAGAAUGAGAAGGAGAAAGCUUCCAGAAUUAAAUCAUAUGAUUACCAAGCAUGGGACAAAUUUGAUGUAGAUAAAGUACUUGAAAAUCUAGAUAAAGAAGACGGCAUACAGGAAUCACAUGAAUCAGACUCUGAAGAAGAUGGGAUUCAUAUAGACAAAGAUAAAGCACUUUCUGAGAAAGAAAAAGGCAAUGACCUCUUCAAAGAAGGAAAAUAUGACGAUGCAAUAGAAUGUUACACAAGAGGUAUGACUGCAGAUCCUUACAAUCCAGUCCUCCCCACAAACAGAGCCGCUGCUUUCUUCCGUCUAAAGAAGUAUGCUGUAGCUGAGUCAGACUGUAAUUUAGCCAUUGCGCUCGACACAAACUAUACCAAGGCUUAUGCAAGAAGAGGAGCGGCUCGAUUUGCUCAGAAAAAAACCGAGGGUGCUAAAGAAGAUUAUGGGAUGGUUCUGAAGCUGGAUCCUGAAAACUUUGAAGCACAGAAUGAACUGAAGAAAAUACACGAGGUUCUGGCUUCACAUGAGCAUGUGUCAGAAAAAACAGAUAUCAAAGAAAAGGAAGCAGUGGUUGAUGAGAACGAGAAGAAAAGAAUAGAAAAACAGCAGGCUAAACAGCAGGCAAUUACUCAGAAAGAUCUUGGCAAUGGUUAUUUCAAAGAAGGAAAAUAUGAAGCAGCGAUAGAGUGCUAUGCCAAAGGAAUGGCAGCAGAUGGCACUAAUGCACUUUUACCAGCAAACAGGGCCAUGGCCUUUUUAAAGCUUCAAAAGUAUGCUGAGGCAGAAGAUGACUGUAGCAGUGCUAUAGCACUGGAUGGCACAUACUCAAAGGCUUUUGCCAGGCGGGGGACUGCAAGAGCAGCACUUGGGAAACUAAAAGAGGCCAAAGAAGACUUUGAAACAGUUUUGAACCAGGAACCAGGAAACAAACUAGCUUUGAAUGAGCUUGAAAAAAUCAAUAAUGAAAUGGUUGCAAAAGGCCUCUUGUCAAAGGAACAGCUUGCAGACCAACAAGCAAAGAAUACUGAGCAAAGAAGAAUUGUACAACCAAUAAAUAAACCACCUCACCUGCGAUCAACAAAGCCACUGAGACGAGUGGUUAUUGAAGAAGUUGGAGGUGAACUGCCUGGCACUGACCUUCAAUUAAUAUCAAACACCUCAGCAGAAUGUAAAGUGCCAUUCUCCAUGAUCACAGAACUUACUGGAAGCAAAGAAGCAGUGGUACCAAUGGAAUGUGCCCCCAGUGCCAAAAUGCUUAAAAUAGAGGAGAUCUCUGAUAUUCCAGCAGAUUCCGGUGAAAGAGAGCAUCUUGAAGACAACGCAGAGAAGCAGUCAACUGAAAGAUUUGUUACUGUGGAAAAUACUGCAGAUCAGAAGAAACCACCUUCCAUAUCCGAGUCUUUGUCCAUGCCUUCACCUCCUGCAAACUCCUUUCAGCUAGAAGCAGAUUUGAGGAAGCUAAAAGCCUACCCAGAAAUGAAAUACAAGUAUCUCAAGCAAAUUGAGCCAUCCGCCUACCCCAAAAUAUGUCAGAAGUCAUUGGAACCUGACAUUUUGAACCAGAUUUUAAAUAUUCUACACACUUCGUAUACCAUGUAUGACAAGCAUUCGGUUAUUUUAGAGAUUCUUAAGAACCUUGCAGAAGUGAAAAGGUUUGACAUGGCAGUCAUGUUUAUGUCUGUGGCAGAAAAGACUGUUGUGCGAGAAUUAUUCAACUGUAUUCAUCAAGCUGGUUUAGAAGAUGACCUUGUCAAAUCUCUGAAGAAGAAAUAUGGCAUUUGAUUUUAUUUGUACAGCAAUUCCAGUUGGUUGAAAACACAUUUGCAGGCCAGUCAUUGUUUAGAUUGUACAGAAUAAACACUGACUACGUAUUAUUUUUAAAACCUAAAUACACAGAAAGGGUUGAUUUGUUAUAAAUCUGGAGUGAAUACAAACAAUAAUAAGUUUGUUUCAUAAAAUCAUGUAUAUUUAUAAAUGGUGUAGUUUAGUAAUGCUUUUACUUUUCUGACCUAAUAUGGCUGCCAUAUUGAGGUACAUUGUGAAGUUCCAGCUGCAUGGAGAUAGUACACUGUAGUUAUUGUCUUAAUGUUUGGUGCACAGCUACAUUCUUUAAUUUUCUUAAUGAAGUAUUAUUACCAUUCACUAAAGAAAGCCAGUCCCACUAAAAAAAAUAAAAAAAAUAAAACUGGUGCAAAUCUUGGCUUUCUAGGUUCUGCGAGCUUGACAUGGUUUUAUCUUGCAUCUUACAUUUUUUAUAAAAAGAGAGCAAGUGUGAUUAGUUAUUAAUAAAAUAUAUUGAUAAACAUCACAAGUUAAAUGUAUAAAUUAGGCACAUAUUGGGUUCGAUGUAAGUAUAGGCACAGUGCAAAUAAUUGCAGAUGCAAAAUUAAAAUUGCAUUGCAGCCAGGCAAUCCUUUGGAAAUGAUAUGUAUUUGCUUGCCCUUUUUAGCAUGAUCCAGAAAUUUGCCUAGCACGCUAGAAAAGGUGGAUUGGUCUGAAAGGAACCAGAGGCUAAGUAGUGCAGAGAACACAGCACUUUCACAUGUGCUGGGAUAGGGGUCCCCAGAUUGAUGUUGGGGUCUAGCUUAUCCCUCAAUUCAGCUAUGAGGUCUAGGAUGACCUGCGGAAUGGGAUAACGCUUUAGCACCGUAUCCUCAGGCAUCCCAAACAAAGUGACCCUGGGAAUGAAUAUGCAGGGUCUUCUGCAUCUUGCCUUUCUCCUCUGCACGUGUUCCUGUCUCUCCUCAACAAGAGCUAAGUGUCACUGCAUCAGGAAGUGUACCACAGCAACCAUCCUGAAGCCAAUGACAGGUCUCUGCAGGUGUGUGCUUUUAUACAGCUCUUAGUUACUCGCUUCUCAAUGGUUUGCACCUUGUAAGAAGAUGUGUAAAGUUUCUGAAGGGUCAGCAAUUGCCUAAGCACAAGGCAAAAUCCUUACAUUACAUUAUUAGUUUGCACCCGCUUAGUAUCCAGAUACUGUCACAACUGUCUAGUGAUCUCUUUACUGUACAGGUAUAUCUGAAGAAUAACUAAUCCCCGUACCACCAUAAAACAACAGCUAACCUAAUGGGAUGAGGAAACAUGCUGUUAGAUCUGUUUCAUCACAUAUCCCCCAAUAAUGGCAAAAAGGUAGUAGAUAGGGCUACGUGUGUACAUAGGAAUCAGGUAACCUGGCUGUAUUGAUUUCUAUAUUUAUAAAAUGUGAUUGCCCCACUAGGUCAUUCAUUGGGAACUGAAUUUCACACAUAAAAAAUAUACACAUUAAAUGGACAAUUCUACGUCACUGGAGCCCACAAUGUUAAAUACCAGUCACAGGGAAAGAGAUUGAGAUCAGAUGUAAGGUGAAGCACAGACCAGAUCUGUCCAGAGCAAACCCAGAACAGGCCAUCCUAGAGUGACUACCCCAGACCCCUGUGUUUCUACCCAUAAUGAAGUUGUGUUGUAUCUGGCUCAAAGUGCUUUCCUGACCCAUGUUUUACCUGAGUUUAAACCCCACUGUGAUGCAGAAGGAGAAGAUUGCAGUUCUGCCAAAGUAUGUUUCAUGAAAAGGAUUAACACCAUAUAGCUGAAAAUUAUUUUUUCUUGAGAAGGCCAUCAUGUGGUGGUACAUUCAGCAUUGUGAUGAUUAUUAUUAUUUGCUUAUUUAGCAGACACCUUUAUCCAAGGCGACUUACAGAGACUAGGGUGUGUGAACUAUGCAUCAGCUGCACAGUCACUUACAAUUACGUCUCACCCAAAAGACACAAGGAGGUUAAGUGACUUGCUCAGGGUCACACAGUGAGUCAGUGGCUGAGGUGGGAUUUGAACCGGGGACCUCCUGGUUACAAGCCCUUUUCUUUAACCACUGGACCACACAGCCUCCAUAAAGUGCAAAAUGUCUGAAAAAGGUGUGUCAGAUUAAGUUUCUGGUGUAUUAAUUUCCCCAGUUCAAAUCCCACCUCAACCACUGACUCAUUGUGUGACCCUGAGCAAGUCAUUUAACCUCCUUGUGCGCUGUCUUUCGGGUGAGACAUAAUUGUAAGUGACUCUGCAGCUGAUGCAUUAGUCUCUGUAAAUCGCCUUGGAUAAAGGCGUCUGCAAAAAAAAAAACCAAAAGUUGUCUCUUCCCCAGGAUUCAAUUUGUAUAGCAGUUCAACAUUUAUCCUGUACAGUAUAUAUUCUAUCACUGAAUGAUGUACCAAUAUAACCUUUAUAUAAGUAAUUUACCGCAGGACAGCUGCCAUCCCAGAUAACAGUAAGCAUCUGUCUUUUAUAAUCUCAUCUGUUUUAUUCUACCCCAAAUUGACAGGUAACAUUUUACUUCUAGAUAUAUAAAUAGAAGACAAAGGAUCACACUUAAGCCCAGUCAUUGUCAUUUAUAGCAUUUUAUGGAAUAUUGAGUUGGCUGUUGUUUUACUACAAAGGCCCAAAGCAUUGUGGAUUUCAGAGCAAGUAGCUUAAAAUUACAUUUUAAUAUUUAAUUUACUGUUGUUUUUGUGAUGUUUCCAACAUGAGUGUUUAUUAAUGCAAUUACUCAUAACUUGUGCCAAUUUUUUCAUACUCUGAAGGUGCUUUAACCUGAAUUCAGGAGCAACUUGAGUUCUAGCUGCCAGAUUCUCUUUCACCAUAGACAUAAAGCUAGAUCAGCAAAGUGUCUGUUUGGGUUUUAAGAGCCAACACCAUCAACAAAAUCAAGUUUCCUUUUGUAUUGCUGUCAGUACACAGUACCUGCACACAAUACCUGUUCACUAGAUGGUGCUGUCUCUUACAAAUAUGCAGCUGGUAUAGUCACCCUUACUGUACAUACGUUUGUGAUGAAAGACAGUAUGGCAACUAGAGCUGGAGCUGCUACUGAAUUCUGGUAAAAGUGUUUAUACUUGUCAGUUCUUGAGGUGCAUGUAUCAGGCAGUGCAAAACAACCAAUUACUGUAAGCUGAAUUUAUAUUCCUGUUCUACCUUCGCAUUUAAAAACACACUUUUCAAUAAGAAAAUACAUUAUUCAGUCAACGAGUUCCUUCCAGCCAGCUCAAUAUAAAGAGACUUCAUUAAGACCACUCGCAGUCAGGUUUUCCCUUAAAAACACUAUCUGAUCAUUUCUCUGCUGGUGAAAAACAUGCAUCAAAACUAAUUCAACAAUGUAGCCAUUAUAAAAAAGGGCUGUCAUUAAGCAUUUUCUUUGUUUGCAUCUAAAUUAAAAAUUAAUUGUACUAAA